GCUAUCGAGGAGCCUUGUCUAUUGGAGCAAGUACCUACAACUUAUAUCAUCAUCUUCAACCACUCUUUUUAUCCCGGAUGCUCAACCAAAUCUCACCCCUCCUAUCCAAGUUGGCCUGCUACAGGCAAUCCUCUGCAGCUUCCACUGGCCAUGAUGUUUGUGUCUGCGUCUGCAACAUACGGGUUAACCCUGUCUGCGGCACUUUAUGCCUCAACAGUGGACGCAUUGGCCUUCAGACGAUAUGAUGGUAUCCAUCGCACAGUCAAGUCGCCGCAGAUUACACAGCCUGCCAUGCUAUUGCAGCGGAAAGGUGAUGUCUGCGGCGUUGGCAUGAAGCUAUGCCCGGCAAACUUGGGUGGAAACUGUUGCCCAGAAAACUAUGCUUGCGCAACAGAUGGCUGCUACUCAACAACAACUAUCACCAGCAUUUCAUCUGUACCAUCGCAUGCAUACUCAUGCCCAACCAGCCAGUACCUCUGCCCAUCAUCUCUCGGCUAUGGGUGUUGUCCCAAUGGGAUGGGCUGUGGAGCCAGUCGAUGCUACUCUACUCAGCCAAUCACCACGACAGUAACGACGGCCAUUACGAGUACAGCGAGCGGCACAAUAACCACAAUCACGACAACUGCAAUCAUCGUCAGGAGCCCAAGUGUCCCUACCAGCUUAGGCAUGUUGGAUGAUCGCACCAACGAUGAUGAUGGCAUCCAAACAACUGACUCGUCCGCCACUGCUGUCCCAAAAUAUACGCCACCAGCGGAGGCCGACGGGAGUGAUAGCCAGGAUAAUAGCAGUCUUUCCACGACGCAGCUAGGGGGCAUCAUCGGAGGAGCUGUUGCACUUCUUGCGUUGGUGGUCGCUGCGGCUGCAGUUUUGAUUCGCCAUAUUGAUAGGCUGGGUAGCCAGAUGUCGCGAAAGUCCAGUUCGUCUAGGACGAGCUCAGCAACAAAGCAGACGAGUGUGUCGAGUUCUGAAAGCGGAAGUUCCUCCCGAACAGAUUCUACUCGCGAGUCAUUACGGCAUUCACGAGCUCGUCGAAAGCCUCGGUCUAGAUCUACAGUCCGUCGUAAUCGUCAACGGCGGAAUGGUCUGAUCGCAACAAGGUCCGGCAAUUUUAUGACUGAAAGAACGCUGGGGAGGCAAGAUUCUGCCGACAUUUCCCUCGAAGUUUUGACUCGGACAGUCAACUGCGGUGGUGCGGUGGUAUCAGAUACAAGGCACGGCUAUGUCGUAUCACCCACGCCUAUCAACGAUGUGUCACCAAGGUUACUCAGUUCUCCGUCGCCUAUUAGCGAUACGGAACUCGAGGCAAGUUCGCUUGCACAAGAAUUAGCCGGGAUAUCGACGGCGUCUACUCUGGCAGCGGAUCUACUCAUACAUUACCCGCAGGACAUUCCACCGAGCGACCUCCCGAGGGUAGCCAUGAGGCCACCGCUUGCAUACCAAUGGAUGAGAAGCAUAGGGCUGCUUAGGCAGUCGGAGAACACUUCUCCUGAGGAGUACUGCAUCGACGAUGAGGAAUGGCACGGAUUUUACGGGUCCCGAGACCAUAUGGCAGGUCGAACAGGACUUGGCAUCUACACACAACUUCGGGGAGGUGGGCACAGACAGUAUAGAUGAUCACAGAGCGGCAAAAAGGAGUUGUAUCAUUUGUGGCUCCAUUAUAGAGGACUGCUGAGAUGUGGAUUUUCUCCAAGAUAGAGAGGAGGGCUAAUCGUUGUUUUUUCCAGCACUGCAUGGUAUAUGGCGUUUUUCUAGCAUAAGUACAUUAGUACAUAAUACGAGUCAAAUAGGCAGGAUGGGUAUAUAAUUAAUUAGCAUAUUCAAAACAUAAUAUGAUUCACAUGGAAUGGAUACUCC